AAUUUAUAGAGACCCGUAAUAAAAUUCGAUAAAAGAAUAAGCUCACGGUCAUGAAAGUGGAAUACAAGUACCGGGGUUUGUCGUAACUCGCAUCAUUGUCACAGCACUGUGCCGCAGAAGAUUUUCAAAAUGAUUCGCAAGCUUUGUUUUCUCGUCGCGCUGCACGGGAUCUACUUGUGGUGUCGAGGAAACGGUCAAGUUUGUAACACCCUGGGAUUUAUCUGCACAACUUGCAGCUCUUUGCGGAUUUGUACAUCUGGAGUCCCAACAAGUGUCUCGCUCACCUGUCCAACUGGAACAUUCUGCGACUCGACGACGUCGAGCUUCUGCUCCCAAACGCCUUGCACGACUGACCCUGAAGCUUUUUUCAACUGUACUGUACAGGGGAGAUUUCCUGUCGGGACGAACUGCUCGCAAUACGUGUUCUGCGGCAACAGUACCACUCUUGGCGUACUGGUACCCACGCUGUUCGACUGUCCACCUGGAACAUUGUUCAACUCUGACAGUGCAACUUGUGUGCUUUCUUCUUCGUAUAAUUGUACGACAGAUACGACCCCGACCACCACAUUGGCCCCUACAACUGGAUUUGUGUGCCCCGCUGCAGGAAGAUUCCCAAAUACCACCGAUACUACUUGUCAAUCGUAUACAUUCUGCAUUUUGGAGACAAAUGGAACCUAUACCCAGACAAGUUUAACAUGUCUGAGUACGACGGUUUUCAAUCUGAAUACUCAAACAUGCGUUGCUACCAGCAAUUAUGUUUGCCCGUAUUAAAAUUUUAGUCAAUGACUUGUAAUGCUGUACGCUAGUUCAUAAAAUAAAAGUACAAGUGCAUAAAACUGUA